AUGCCUGGAAAUGACGGAAAGGCAAACCCGGCCAACAGGGAAGAAGUCCAUAACCCCGGAGGCAAUGAUAGAGACCGUCCCAUCACUUUUGAUGUCGCUAAACAUGGCGCCUCCGCUUCCGGGUCUGAACACGCAAAAGUGGCAGACAACACUGCCGAACCCGCCUUGGAGACCGGCGGGAACCAGAGCGGACCCUCGACGACUGACGAAGCGACGGCGCAGGAGAAGGAUGCCUCUAUGAACGAUAGAGACACCACAGCUUUGCCACGACAGGCGCACUCGGAUGAAGAUGCGGAUGCCGGGCCGAGAAGAACCUUGGCUGUUGAUACGGAAGACCCUAGGGCUUGGUUCCCCUCAGCCGGCGCGGAGGCUGUGCGGCCUGCGCUACCAGACGACACUGUACCGUCUUCUCGACUGACCGGGACGGAAAUAGACGGUUCUCAGAGGGCUGGGGGGGGACCGCGACCAGGGAACCCAGCCGCUUCUUCCCCAGAAGACACCGCUUUCAUCCUCGGCGAAGAAAACAAGGGCUUGACAAAGGUCUCCGACCUCAUCUCCCACGCUGCUCCGGUUCCAGGCUUCGAGGCCAACCCGAGGCCCCUUCCACCCCCCGAUCUCGCUGUCGCGCGGAGAGGAACGGGUGUCUUCUCGAGGGGAGUCGCCAGCCCCACGGACGACCGCGGCCUUCUACCCUCGCUGAUGGCGAAGAGGUCGGCCACACCCCUCUCUGCAUCCGGUCACUGGAAUCCGAGGGAGACGGGCCGGCACGAGGGACGUGAGAGCUCUAGGUGGAAUAUCCCCCGCGGUGAAUCGGAGGAGGGAGCCUUCGCCUCGAUGCACGGCUCGGAUGUCCCAGCACCCCUGAGAGUCCCCGGACGAAAGACGCAAAACACACAGGGAAACCGAGGAUUCCCGAACGAGAAUCCUUCGCCGGGCCAGGACGAAGCCCAGCCAGCCAAUAUCAUCCACACCCCGAUCCCAAUUAGGCCGGUGCAAUUCGACGUCUUGGGAUCCCCGCCCCUGGCGUCCAGCUCGCCCCUACAGCAAUCCCAAACCUCAUCACAAGGAACCGUAACUCCAAAUCAAGGCCGCUUCCGGGCCUACAAGCUCGAGCCGCCCCGCCACGGGCACGGUUUCGACCACCGCCGCGCCCGCGCUCCGGAACCCGGCACGUCUGCGCGCACCCACCUCUUCGUCGCGCCUCAGCUUCUCUCCAACGCCGAGCACGCGUGCAUCAUCAAGGCGUACAACGUGGCCUUUGACGCCACCUCCGACGCCACAAAGACCCUCCUCUCGAAGCGGCACCGGUACCCGGGCUACACUCGCGACCGCCGCAAGCUCGAGUUCGAGGCCAGCAUGAACGACGACGCUUACUACUCCCUCUUUGACCUCGAGACGUCCAACGACGGCAUGCUCUCGGCGCUGCUGGAGUGGAUGCAGGGCCGGACGUGGAUCAAGGUGCCCUUUGUGAACCGCAUCAUCCACCAGGAGGAGGCGCGGCUGAGGCUCCGGUUCCAGCGGGACUGCGACCUGUUUCGUUACGAGGCCGACGCGGCGGACGAGAACAUUAUGCUGGAGAGGAUGCGGAACUCGUGGCAGCGUAUGGACACUGGACACCUAUUCGCGAAGGCCAACGCGGCCGGCUUCCGGGCCCCGAACGACGUGGAGCGCAACUGCGAUCGUGACGCCGAUCGUUGGAACCCCCUUUCCCACAGUAUCCGGAACGACAUCGAAAACACCAUCAGGAGCCGGGGCAAGGUCAUGGAGGAGGACUUGGACCAGCUAGAGCGGAUCAACAAAGAGACCAGCAACUACAUGGCCGCCAGGAAUCUGACGGCCAAGGACCCGGGGCUGUUCCACAGCACCAACCGACGGUGUAUAGACGAGGACGUCAACGCCGAAGAGCACGCCGCCGCCCUUCGAAUGCGGUCGCGUGGCUGGCACGGCUCCGCGAUGGACCUUAAUGCGGAGGAUCUCCCCGAGCCGUCGAUUCCCGUGUUCCUCUCGCCUGAGAUGGCCAGCAGUCUGAGGAUGGGCACCGUGCCGCCGGGCAGCCCUCAAGCGGGAGGUCUCGGGGACAGCGGCCCUAGCCCCACAAGCUCUGCCACUGGCCCAUCUUCCCCUUCGCAGAGUCGGCCUGGCGCCGACUCGCGGCCAAACUUCACGAACCCGUGGGAGGAGAUGCUGGAGCGGGAGCUUGAGACCAAGCAGAAACAAAUCGACGAGUGUCGCCGCGAGAAGCGGUUCCAGUCGGAUAAGGGGAUUGUCAGAGCAAUCAACGACAAGGACAUGCAAGCAGCGUUCAAAAACAUGGACGGCUAUCAAAACAUGCUGCGCGAAGCUCUGCAGUUCAUCGUAUCGAUGCUGGAGGUGGAGGGCCAGCGCGCCCACGACCAGACAAGCGCGUCGCUUCGGUCCUGGCAGGCCGGCGCAUCGAGGGAAAACGUCGUGACCGAGCUCGAGCCGACGGCCCGGACCGUCAAGAGACUAGCCACCUCGAUAUUGUCACAGAUCACCAACCAGCUUGAGAAAAAAGAAGUUCGCAUGCAGCUGCUUGAGGAGAACGAUAGCCAGAGACGUUCGCUCGAGCGCCUGAGAAAGGAAAUGGAAGACAAGGAAGCGAUCGCAACUGAGGCUGCAAAGACUAUUCAGCAGCAGGUGCAAGAAGAAAAACAGAUUCGGGAAUGCCAGAGCCAGCUCAAAGACCUGAGGAAAGAGCAUGAAGAGCGAGACACGGACGAUCCGCCGACAGCGGACAGCAGCAUACAGGACCUGAAAGACCAACUAAAGAGAAAGGAGGCGGAGAACCAGGCCUUGGAAGAGCAGUUGGCAACUACCAUGGAGAAAAUCGAAGCUCUCAGCAAAGCCAAGGAGCAAAGAGACGAGCAGGUCAAGAAUCUGGAGGAGCACCUCAAAGCGAGGGCUGAAACUGCCAAGUGGUCAUGGUGGCCUCGCCGACAGACGAGUGAUUCCAACUUUGAAAACCAGCACAGCGAUAGAAUCUCUCAGCUGCGUACAGAGGCCGGUUCGAAGCCGUACAGGAAAAUCGACACGGAGAGGAGAGGGUUGCUGCCGAGCCUGGCACAGAGCCUAUCAGCGGCAAAACAGGAGCCUUACGAGGAUUCCACAGUCUUUUGGAGACUGGCGGCAUUCUCGAGGAGGAGAGGCGAAACGCGGGGGGAUUUGGCGGAAGCAUCCGAGAGGCUCGACAGUCUCCAGGCGUGGAACGCGGAGAUGGGCUCCUGGAAGACCGAAGCCCAGUCGGUGGAGGUUCUUCGAAGCAUCAAUUUCCUCCGCUCGAAGACCGAAGGCUUUGGCGCCUCUUCGUCGCAGAGGCUCGAAGCCGCCAGGAAGCUCUUCAACCAGACAGCUUCCUUGGGCGGCACAGGUGGCCAGAUGUCUUGGGAUUCCUUGAAGAAGUACCUGGGUUAUCGACUUGAUCAGAAGCCAGUGUGCGAGUGCGCAUACAAGCAACCAAGGUAUCAUAACUUCAUGGAGGAGGAGGAGGAGGAUGGCGAUGCGCAAGAGGCCGAUAUAGAGUUGACGCAGGAGGCGUACAGUUCACUUCAAUGCCAUGCCUUGGCUUUGUAA